GACUUACGUGGCGACCUUUCAACUCCCGUAUUAUUCGUUCGCGUUUGGAGACGUGGUAGUGUUUUCGUCCAGUCCACGCAGUUUUCAAGUGUGCACUCUGGGCUCCUGUAGCCAGAGGUUGGAUACUUAAUAUGUGCAAUGGCCUACAAGCAUCGCGAGGAGAUUGUGGGCAAACGAUUUCUGUGUGUUAACAGUGCGGGCAAAGGCAAAAUUUCCAAGGCAUCAGAUUUGGAUUGGAGGGCUGGAAUAAUCCGUGCAGCGUCACAUAAGGAUCCUAAACACCCCGAGCUUUCCGUUCUUGUGGAGUUUGACAACGCCGACUGGAAGCGGCGCGAAUGGAUCCGUGUGUACGAGGACCCCUUCGCGGCGUUUCUCGUUGAGGAGACCCUAACGUGGCAUGUGCGCAACUCCGAUGAAUCGCCGAGCCCCGCACUGAAAUUCAACAGCUUCAUUGAUCGAGUUGGUGUGUGGGAUCAACUGCUGAAGCCCGUUGAGUACCUGACCGAUCGCUUCCUGAGAUUCGUGGACUACUCUGAGCUGCGAUUUUAUCAGGAGCGCGACGUGGACGUGGAGAAGUGUUGUGUGGAACAGAGCGACGUCCGGCGGCUGGUCAAACACUGGGUGGAGUUCCAGGACAGCCAGCGCAUCCUGGUCACCACUCCGUCGGUGCUGGUCGGCUACCGCGUCAAGGUCUACCGCGCCGAGGGCACUACGCAGUGGUACACUGCCGUCAUUGUAUCCUACAACGACAACACACGGGAGCUUACGGUCACCGACGAUACCGUGCUUGAGGAGCACAAUGAAGACCCCUGCCUGGUGCAAAUGAGGCUGAUUGGGGACGGUGUAGUCGAGUCCAUUCUGAAGGGAGAGAACGUCGGGAUUACGCCUCGUCGCAGAACGUGCACGCUCAACAGCCCGAUCAAAGUCAGCCAUUGUGCGACUCGAACUCGGUACCACGCCAGCCCGGCGUCCAGUCAGAGUUCUUCCCCAGCUACAACCUCGUCGGCGAGCAGCCCCCGUCGCGGGCGGAACAAACCCGAACCCACUCCGGAACCAGCGCCCCAAGAGGACGCCAAAGUUGACAGACGGCGCAAAGUCGGCUCUAAGAAGUGUGCUCGUGAGGAAGAGCUCCGAAAAAAAAGUCCCAGCCCGGCACCAAGUGCCGUUACUGCAGUUAGCCACAGUACUGCAGCAGACGUAGAGGCUGAGCCACCUUCUUCAAUCAAAGAGGAAAGCCCUCCACCCAACCCCCCACCUGCAGUGAGUGCAUUGCCAAGCACACCAGCUAGCAGCAGUGAGCAGCCAGCUGGGAACAGCGAGAGUAGUGGUGGUGACGACACUCGACCACAACAGCACACCGUUGAUGAUGCAGCGUGUGUGAGGGCACCCGAGGCAGCUCCUGCCGAGCGCCCUCAUGAAGGGGGUGUCCCUGGCACGGGCUCGCCGCCGGCCACGAUGCGCAGCAGUGCAGGACCCGUGAAAAGCGAGCCCAGCGCGCGACCUUCUGACGGUCGUGCCUACCGUGACUCGCCCAGCCUCGCCGCGCAUCUGGACUCUCUGCAGCAGCAGCAGCAGCAGCAGCAGCAGCAGCAGCAGCAGCAGCAGCAGCACGCCCGGCUCAUGCAGCAGCAGCAGCAGCAGCAGCAGCAGCAGCAGCAGCAGCAGCAGCAGCAGCAGCCGGCGGGCCUGUACGCACCGCGUCCUGGGGUGCAGCAGCCUGCCGGUGCACGGCCACUUGUCUACGGGCUGCAGUCUGGCUCGGGCGUGCUGGGGCAUGUAGACCCGCUGAGCAGCCCACUGGCCUACCAGCAGUUGCUGAUGGCCAAUGCUCCUGGCCCGUAUGUGGACAUGCUUUGGGGCCAGAAGAUACCUAGCCUACCACCACCCACCCAAGCCGCCUGGACCAUGGCACAGUUGCAGGAGGCACGUGUCAGCCAGGAGAGGCACAGCAUGCUUGAAAGGGAGCGGAGAGAAGAGGAGGAGAAACGGGAGCGUGAGAAGUCAGAAAUGCUGGAGCGUGAAAAGGCAGAGAAAGAACGGCAAGAGCGCCAUAAAAAAGAGGAGCAGGAGCGAGUUCAACGUGAAGCUGUGCAGCAGCAUUUUGAGGAGUCUCUACGUUUGGCUAGUCAAAAGACAUAUGGCAGAAUGAUGUCUGUGGCUCAAAAUCCACAUCAAAAUCAUCUAGAUACUCCCAAGACAGGUUGCAUCAGGGCAGGCUGGAGCCCUAUCGCCAGUUUACCCUACUCAAAGGCUGCUGUGAACACAUCUAGCAGCUCUGUAAUUACACAACCCGACAAGCAACGGGAAAAACAAGAGUUGGAGCACCAUGAAAAGUAUCCCAUAGACUCUCGCCUGCGACAAGUCACAGACCAGGAGCGUUGGUUGUCUUUAGUCCAGCAGCAGCAACAGAGGUUGGAACACCAGGGGCAGGCUUCUGCGCAUCACCGCAUCUCUCAUAAUGAAGUGAAGCCAAAGCUGGAGAUUCCUGCCCGAUCAUCACCAAAGACAAAUCAAAUGCUUCCUGGUUCUAGCCUGUCACAUAAGGUGGGCAGUUCUGCUGUUCCGUCAACUUCAUCAGUCACAGUGGCCACCCCGAAAGGGGAGCCCAGCUUCAACCUCUACGGUUACCAGCCAUUUCCGCAGAUGUACAUAACUCAAGCUCAGCUCAAAGCCCGAGAGGAAUCCAAGUCGCAUCAUAGUCAACCCAUUGUAAAUCGCCAGCCCCUUGUUUCUUCACCUUCUCACUUGCCACGAAUCGAAAAAGACCUUCGCUUUGACCGUUCAACACCUGGUGGCCAGAGGGGAAGCCCAAAGCCUCCAGUUAAAGAUCGUGUCAGCCCAGCAAUGUCCUCACCAGGAACUUUCCGACCAUAUGAGUACAACUCUGCAGGCCCAGCACCAGCACAUCAAGGCUCCCUUUCAAGGUGUUCUACAAGCUUUCCUCAGGAGGAAGCGCAGAACCUUGUCAAGUGCUCGCGCUCUCGUCAAGACUCUCCACUUAGCACACCAUCCCCUGGUCCAGGCAGCUACAGCAGCAGCAGUAGCAACAGCAGCCAAUCUGCCAAGGUGUCGCAGCCCUAUCCAUACAACUUGAUUCAGCAAGGCCUAGUACCCAACCCUAUCUACACACCAGCUACUCCAACUACACAAGGUUCCAAGCUGCUCCCACCAGGUGUCUUGCAGUCUUCCCCGACAGGCCAAUCUUCUCCACAAAGUUCGGCACAGUACCUACGUUCGGUGCCGGGCAUCACCACAGGCACUCCAGUCUGUCGGCCUGGUCAGCAUCAGGAGCCCAAGCUUUCUUACGGCUCCAUGCAUGGACGUCCCCUUCCUCAGUCACGGUCACCAUCCAUGCAUCUGCCACCAACCAGUUCCACGCCUCCUCGGUUGACACCACCACCAUUGCCACAGCCCCUGAACCUUCAGCAAGGUGCCCUGUCCCCAGGCAAACGCAAAGCUGCACGUGAGUCUGAGCAAGUUAAAUUGCCACGACUUGAGGAGAGCCCAUCACCGGUUCAGUGUUCAGUGCCCGCCCCGGUGGCUACUCCACCAGCAGGUGCCAUGGCUCCAGAAGCUGCCUCCUCUCUGGUUACAUUGGCUGCUACAACAGCUGUGCAGUUAACAGCAGCAGCUCCUGUGACUUCCCCCCAGCAAGAUACCUUUCGGCCUUUUUCUGCUGCAACACAACAGCAGCAGCAGUCGCAGCAGCAGCCACAGCAGCAGCCACAGCAGCAGCCACAGCAGCAGCAGCAGCAGCAGCAGCCGCAGCAGCAGCAACCGCAGCAGCAGCAACCGCAGCAGCAGCCGCAGCAGCAGCCGCCACCAUCAUCCUCUUCUCAGCAGCCGCCAACGUCGCACCCUUCCUCACAGCAGCAAUCCACAACCAGUCAAGACAGCUAUCAGUCAUUCUAUAAGAAGGGCAGAACAAAGGCGAGGCCUCCCAAUGCCCCUUCUCCUGCAUCUGGCGAGGACAGCAAACCUGGAAGCAUAGGCGGUGGUUCGUCCAUUGUGCAAGAGUCUGAUUCUGACACACGAGUUACUCCAAGCCCUGUGCCAAGUACUUGCACGACAAUCAGCAACAGCAGCAGUAAUCACACGAAGCUGAAAAAGGCUUGGUUGCAACGGCAUUCUGAAAUAGAAGAUAAGAAACCCCAUGAUGGAGAGGCACGGUUGGAUGCCAACAGUGCAUGUGCCUCGCCAGCCAAGCAAGAACCAGCAGCGAUCAAGACAACCAUUAAUGGCCACGACACUGAGGCAUGUGGCUCCAUAAGGGAUGACUGCAGUUCCAGCUCUGCAUCAGAGGCUGAAAAACCAGCAGUGAGCCGUAAGACAAGGAUCACUAGAAAGCGAGGAGUUUCAAACCGGGACAAGUCUGGUAGCAAGAGGCAGAGGGGAAACAGCGAGAGUAACAGUGAUGCAGCUCCUGAAGAAACAUCCCCAAAGAAGGAAGAAAAGCAAGAUAUGAUUUCCAGAAGACGAGGCCGGAGGCCCAAGGGCCUGAAGCAUGAUACAGCUGAUGAAUUGGUGACAGUGCCUCGGAAAAAGCAAGCACGAUCAGCAGAAAAGCCAACCAUAGCUCAGCUUAAGAAGUCGGGCAAGCCAUUUCUUCAGGAUGCAUCUUGUUAUGAUGUUGCUCCAAAACUCCCGAAGUGUAGAGAGUGCAGAAUGACACCAAACCAGAGGAACAAGAAAAUGCCAAACAUCUUCUGCCGUUUCUACGCAUUCAGAAAGCUACGCUUUGGCAAGAAUGGCACUGUGCUUAGUGCUGGCUUCUCAGAGCCGAGUGAUGCUUCAGAAGAAGAUUUGAAGUUGUGGCUGCCACCGUUGGAUCAUACACCCAAAGACUUGGAUGUGACCACUGCUAAAAUCAUACUGUCCCACGUGGGCGACCAGUUUUGUGAUCUCGUGGAGCAAGAGCGGGAAGCCCAGUCUCUACACAUGGGUGAAGAUAAGACCAUUUCGUGGAAGCGCGUUGUGCAAGGUGUGCGUGAAAUGUGUGAUGUCUGUGAGACUACUCUCUUCAACAUUCACUGGGUGUGUCACAAGUGUGGCUUUGUGGUGUGUAUAGACUGUUACAAGGCAAAGAAGAAUGGUACUGUGAAAGCUGAGGACACGCCCCCGAAGGACAGGGAUGAGUUCCAGUGGCUCCUGUGUGCCAACCGACAGCCACAUGAACAGGACAAAUUGAUGAUGACGCAGAUAAUAGCUAGCACAGCUCUUUGGGACGUCAGCCAGGACCUGCACCGGAUACGCCACGAGUGGAACAUUCCGAGCUACUGCGGCUGUGGCUUGUGCAACAGUGAUGGUGACUGCAAGAAAAACUCUUCUAAUGGGCUGUGCAAGCAACUCUUGAGUGCAGUCAACAAGUGCUUCUCUGACAAGGAGGGCACUGCAGUCAAUGGUGAGACUGGGCGUGCUGGAAAGCGCAAAAAGCAACCUGUGAAUGGCGUCGCCAACACGUCCUCUGAUGAAGUAGGUGGCGGCUAUAGCUCGGACAGCGGAGGCUCUCCCCUGUCGGUCUUGGCAGAUGUAGCGCUGCAUUCUUCCAGCAAAAUAGAUGACAAAGGCGACCAGCAGCAGCCGAGCGAAGGUGGUGAUGAUGAGAAGGGUGAUGACUUUUCGACACUACGUGAACUGCUCAUCCGCCCUACUGGUGGCAGUGCAAAGAAGAGUCAGGUGGAUGAAGCAGUGGCAACAACAGUAGAGCAAACAGUGGGCAAGGACGAACAGCAGCUGGUGCAUUUCUGCCGACGCUUCCCCUGCCCUCAAAAGGGCCGUGAAGUCUUGCCCGUGCGUGUCUGCAGCCUUGCCGAGACCUCCUUGCUGUACCCCAAGGUGCCCCAUUCAUGGCUUUGUGAUGGCAAACUGCUUGUUCUUCACGAACCACGGAACAAGCACAACUUGACAGUGUUUCAGGAGCAGUGGAAGCGAGGCCAGCCUGUGCUGGUCACAGACGUAUGCAAAAACUUGAAUAUGUCACUGUGGCACCCUGAUGGCUUUUGCCGAGAUUUUGGUGAAAUCCGAAAUGACUUGGUGAACUGCCGAAAUGGCAACAUCCUUCCAAACCAGCCAAUGCGGAAAUUUUGGGAAGGCUUUGAGAACUUCAGCAAGCGCAUGAAAGAUGAAGAUGGGGAAUAUAUGCUGCUAAAGCUGAAGGACUGGCCACCUGGUGAUGAUUUCAGUGACAUGCUGCCCAGCAGGUUCAAUGAUCUCAUGAAGGUGCUGCCACUACCAGAGUACACUCACCGGGAUGGAGUUUUCAACUUGGCUGGGCGGCUGCCUGAGUGUUUUGUCAGGCCAGACCUUGGGCCAAAGAUGUACAAUGCCUAUGGUUCUGCACUUUACCCAAAUAAAGGCACCACUAACCUACAUUUGGAUGUCAGCGAUGCUGUGAAUGUUAUGGUUUAUGUUGGAGUUCCUAAGGAUGGAAAGGACGAGGAACACAUCAAUGCUGCACUAAAAGCAAUUGACGAAGGAGCAUGUGAUUCCCUUACACGUAAGAGGGUCAGAGAAAAGAAUGCCAAACCUGGUGCCCUUUGGCACAUCUACAAUGCCCGUGAUGCUGACAAGAUCAGAGAUCUGCUUAAUAAGGUGGCACUGGAGCGUGGCGAGAAGCUGGAGCCCCACCAUGAUCCCAUCCAUGACCAGAGCUGGUAUCUGGAUCACGAGCUGCGGCAGCGCCUUUUCCGUGAAUAUGCUGUCGAGGGCUAUGCUGUUGCCCAGUGUCUUGGAGAAGCAGUCUUCAUACCGGCAGGCGCUCCACACCAGGUGCGGAACUUGCACAGCUGUAUAAAGGUGGCUGAAGACUUUGUCUCUCCAGAAAACAUUGCUCACUGCUUCAGCUUGACCAAUGAAUUUCGUCAGUUGUCUGACACUCACACAAACCACGAGGACAAGCUCCAGAUUAAAAAUGUGAUCUACCAUGCUGUAAAAGAUGCUCUGGUGAUUCUCCGGGCAAAUUCUGCUUCAAACCCCAACAAGAAAUGAAAAGUGUGUGCCAUAGGCAGAGGAACUCCAAAAAUGUGUUAGACCUCCCCCUUCCCUUCAAGUGAUCUUUGGCCUGUGCUGCCUGGGACGCAUCUGGCAGGUCUUGGCUUGCCCACCGAAAGUGUUAAGACAUCUCUUGUCUAGACUCUGUUUUUGUACAUUUUUUCCUCUUCCCAUCAGUCUGCCAGUGGCAUGUGUGUGUUCUCUUGUAAUAUAUGCCAUUGAAUUUCAGUUGUUGCUAGUACGCUUCCCUUAUUGUUACUUGGUCAGGGGCCAGCCGUACUUGGUGUUUUGUAAAUGAAUUGGAUCAAACUUGCGUGCGUUUGUGUGUGAGUGUGCGCGAGUGUGCACCAACAACUGUUAUUUAUGUUUAUGUUAUUUACUUUCCUCUGCCCUCUUCCUUGGCAAUUGUCCUGCCGGCUUUGUUCAGCAUUUUUUCAGAGCAGCACGCUUUGUGAGUGACAAUAAACAAUGCAGUCUUAUUCUGCACUGUUGCCAUGUAAAAUAAUAGUGUUGUACUUAUAUAUACAUAAGAAGGUAUAUAUAUAUAUAUAUAUAUAUAUAUAUAUAUAUAUAUACAUACAUAUACAUAUAUUUACUUAUAAAUAUGACAUUGUAGUUGUGAGUAGUGAGCUUCAAUUCUGUCGUUCCUUUUUCUCUUUGUGUUUCUUAUGUUUCUUUGUUUCCAUUGUUUUUUCCACAAUCACCAUCUCAUCGGUAUAGUCAAUUCCAUUGAUUGACAUUAUCUUGCGACUCGCAGUAGCACUGAGUUUGUACAUGUACAUAUUUCAUAGCAAUAUUUUUAUAUUGAAAAUGUCAUUGACUGUAUUUCCAGUCUAUAAUGAAAUUCACUGUUUUUAUUUGAAAGUGUAUGGCUGAUGUUAAUGGUUCUUAUUAAAGUGUUCAUUUGAAAGCUUG